GGGCGUGUUCUGAGUCCAGUGAAAGUGUUAGAUACAUCCAAAUCCAGCGUCCAGAUUUCAUAUAAAAACCGCGAGCUGACCGAAGAAGAGCACACUCAAGUCACAAUCCAAAUCUACAACAUGAAGUGCUUCCUAGUUUGCCUUUUGGCCGUGUCCGCCAUCGCUGCCGACACCAACAAGCCAGCGGAGGGUAAGAAGAACCCGGAGAAACGUGGAAUCUUGGGCAGCGGUCUCGGUUUGGGCAGCAGCGGUCUCGGUUUGAGCAGCAGCGGUCUCGGUUUGAGCACCUUGGGAUCCGGGAUCUCCAGCUACUCCACCCUUGGCUCCGGUCUCGUCUCCCCUUAUUCGUCCGGUCUUGGAUACAACGGCCUAGGAUCUCUAAAUUCUGGUCUCGGUCUUCCCGUCGGCGGCGCCUACAGCAACGCAUACUCCGGUUUGAACAACGCUGCUCUUCUUGGUUCGGGGCUAAACCAGCGAGUCACUGGCGUCACCGUGAACCGUGAAGUCGCGGUCCCCGUUCCGGUAGCUCAGCCUGUUCCAGUCGAAGUGACCCGUGCCGUACCCGUCGCUCACCCGGUUCCAGUCCACGUGGACCGACCAUACCCAGUCCCCGUAUCCCACCCCGUCCCCGUAGAGGUCACCCGUCACAUCCCAGUUCAGGUGGACCGCCCGUACCCCGUCCCCGUUCCCCAUCCCGUCGAAGUUCGCGUACCCCAACCGAUCCCCGUACCCGUUUCGGUUAACAGCGGAAUUGGAUCAUUGUACAACUCGGGACUUGGAUACAACUCCGGACUCGGAUACAACUCCGGACUCGGCUACAACUCCGGACUCGGAUACAACUCCGGACUCGGAUACAACUCGGUACUCGGACAAAGCUCAUUGGCAGGACUCUCGGGACUCCCCAUCAGGUCUUCGUUGGGAUCUCCUGCACUGAUCAGCAGCCAUGGAUCCUAUGGAUCUCUGGGUUCCGGAUACUCGUCCUACCCCAUCCACAAGAAGUGGUGAAAGGUACACUCUCAUGUCCCCCAAACAAUUAUCCGUCUAAUCGGAAUUUAAAACAAAAUAAUUAUGUAAACUUUUGAAAUUUCAUCGAAUUAUUGUAAACUGAAUGAAAUAAAGAACAUUCUAUUUUUCUACUCAAA